AUGUCCCAACGAGAGUACCACAUCGUCGUCCUUGGGUCCGCCCAGUUCGUCCAAAAUGUCUGGAUCGAAUCCUACGACCCGACCAUCGAGGACUCGUACCGCAAGGCAAUCGACGUCGAUGGACGGUCGGUAGUACUCGAGAUCCUGGAUACUGCAGGGACAGAGCAAUUUACUGCCAUGAGAGAAUUGUACAUGAAGACGGGCCAGGGCUUCCUCCUCGUGUUCAGCAUCACCUCAAUGACGUCCCUCCACGAACUCGCCGAGCUACGCGACCAAAUCAUCCGAAUAAAAGACGACGAACGCGUGCCGAUUGUGCUCGUAGGCAACAAAUCGGAUCUGGAAGAAGACCGCGCCGUGACGCGGGCCCGCGCAUUCGCCGUGAGCCAGGCGUGGGGCAAUUGCCCUUACUACGAGACCAGUGCACGCCGCCGCGCCAACGUCGAUGAAGUCUUUGUGGAUCUCUGCAGGCAGAUUAUCCGGAGGGACAUGGAGCGUACCCGUUCGCACACGGACUACAGCCGACCAAGCGCCAGCACGCGGCGACACCACCCGUCCAGUCGACACAGCACCAGCGGCACGCCCGGCACCGGCAGCGGCAGCAGUGUGAAAGGAUCACGACGAAACCGCCGCGAGCACCGUUGUGUGAUAUUAUAG